AGUGCACGCAUCGAGACGCCCCACGAGACGAUGCGCAAACGCAAAGAGUAGAGAGGAGCGCGAGCUUCAAGUCUUGGAUCAAAGGCUUGCGUAGCCGAUGAUUCGCCCGCCGCCCGCGGGUACUUCUGGGGAUGUCGAUUGUCGCGAGCGACAGGAAGCCUGCAUUGGUCGAAGGAUUGCCACACAUUGUCACAUCCACCACAAGCCAACAUCUCAGCGGACUUGACGCGUGUGCAAGCUUCGUGUUUCGUGGCAGCAGCGGCGCCUUUCUCGCCCGCCCUGUCCAGUCUGCCCAUUGCCGCACUGCACUUUCUCACUUCGAGUGGGCCGGGUCAAUGACUUCCUCGCGAUGCUGAGAGGAGCGUCUGCCUGUCUUUGCCAGUAACAAUGCAUCCUCGCAACGUGAAGCAAGAUCGAGCCUCCUCCAGACAAUGAGCCGUGUGCAUACGCAACCACGUCAUCGAUGCUGGAUGCGAGACUAGCAUGAGACGCACCUGCUCACAUCACACGCGAGAUAUGAGAAGAGCAGGCCUAAUCUGUUGAAAUUUACAAGGUUAAGAGAGCAAAUCUAGUAUUACAGCAACGUGAGAGUAGCAUGGGUGACGGGACGGCAGCGCUUGCUGACUAGGGCACGGGAUAUGAUGGCAGCAGCACGGAAGCAAAUGCAAAAGUGGCAUUCAUCACGCAAACUCGGCACGUCUCGCUUGAAGAGCAGCGAAGCUUGUGAUGGGCGGGCUGCAUGCGUGA